AGCAACCGAACGGUGCCAACGGAACGGUCAGGUCUUGAUGCACAUAGGGGGCCACGGCCUGAGCUGCGCGAAUCGUUUGUGGGGACUGCAAGGAUUACCGGAAGCUACUUAUUAGCCUUUUAUGGCACAGUGUUACAGUGGAUACCUGUGUUUGGAAUUGAUUUUCUAGGAGGAAUUGAAAUGCUGGAGAAGUCUGUGCCUGGAAGUGGUCGUUCAUGACUGGAGAUGUAGUGAGAGAAGCGCGAUUUUUAUCAACCAGUGGAAGUUAAGCCUAAAUCCACUGCUGUGUGUAGCUCAAGAGCGUGAUAUAGGAUGUAGAAAAAACGGAAACAUGUACGCCUUGUGGUAACCCUUCGAGUGAACAGUAUAAUGAGUGGAAGACCAAGGACGACUUCCUUUGCAGAAGGAAACAAGCAACCUCAACAGCCAAAUUUUGUUGCGGGAGUAAAAAUAACCAGGAAUUGGUGGUGGUGUUGUGCCACAGUCGAGCGCUAGGAUAUCUGGGGACAGCAAUCUCUGCUCUGCCCAGCCACGGGCUUCAGCGGGCUGCCAGGGCACUGUGAUGGAUUCUACCAUUGCUCCCACACCGUCGGCUCACAGCAAGGAUGGCAGCAAGGUUACGGCGGUGUUGGCAACGCCAGGUCAGGGCCCUGAUCGGCCACAAGAGGUGUCUUAUGCAGACACCAAGGUGAUUGGCAAUGGCUCCUUUGGAGUGGUUUACCAGGCGCGCCUCCUCGAUACCGGGGAGCUGGUUGCCAUUAAAAAAGUGCUGCAGGACAAGCGAUUCAAGAACCGUGAACUUCAAAUCAUGAGGAGGCUAGAUCAUUGUAAUAUAGUGAAGUUGAAGUACUUCUUUUACUCCAGUGGUGACAAGAAGGACGAAGUCUACCUGAAUCUUGUUUUAGAGUUCAUCCCGGAGACUGUGUACAGAGUAGCAAGGCAUUAUAGCAAAUCUAAACAGACUAUACCAAUAUCGUUCAUAAAGCUGUAUAUGUAUCAACUCUUCCGGAGCCUAGCAUACAUCCAUUCCUUAGGGAUUUGUCACAGAGACAUAAAACCUCAGAACCUCCUGCUCGACCCUGAGACAGGAGUCCUUAAGCUCUGCGACUUUGGCAGUGCAAAACUUCUUAUAAAGGGGGAACCGAAUGUCUCUUACAUCUGCUCGAGGUACUACAGGGCCCCAGAGCUCAUAUUUGGAGCGACUGACUACACCACCAUGAUUGAUGUGUGGUCAGCUGGGUGUGUGUUGGCAGAACUCUUGCUGGGGCAGCCCAUCUUUCCAGGUGACAGUGGGGUGGACCAGCUAGUGGAGAUAAUCAAAGUGCUGGGCACACCCACCAAGGAGCAGAUCCGUGAAAUGAACCGAAACUACACAGAGUUCAAGUUCCCACAGAUAAAGGCACACCCUUGGCAGAAAGUGUUUCGAGCUCGUACACCUCCUGAAGCUAUUGACCUGGUUUCUCGGCUACUGGAAUACACACCUUCGGCGCGCACCACACCACUGCAGGCAUGUGCUCAUGCCUUCUUUGAUGAGUUGAGAGAACCUGGCACACGGCUGCCAAACGGACGGGAUCUGCCACCUCUUUUUAACUUCACUGAGCAGGAACUGAGCAUCCAGCCGCACCUCAACUCGAUACUGAUCCCUCCACACGCCCGUGCAUCCGGCGGUUCGGUGGUUGCAAGCCCAGAUGGCUCUUCAUCGUCGUCAUCGCAGUCGAAGGGUGGAGCCAUCGGAGCCGCAUCACCACCCGACAUCUCAUCGAGCAGCAUGGCGGGCGCCGAGGCAUCGUCGUCGUCUGCGGCAACAGCGUGAGGCUCCCGCUCAUGUGAGGCUCUCUGUUGGCAGUGGGGAAAAAAAGAAAUAUGCAGCAGAACUUUGCAGCACAUCCCACUCUGCGUGCGUGUGUGUGCGUGUGUUUGAGAUAGUGGGGAGGAAAGACAACAAUGGUUUGUAUUGUCUUGCCGGAGCAGCAGGUUUAUGUGGUGUCAUUCUUUGCAUACAACUAGAAAGUUUGGACAAAUUAAUGUGGAAACUUUGGCGGUGAUCUCGAGGCUGAAUGCAAACUGGGUCAGUGCGUACGUAGCUCAAUUGAACAAAGAGAUGCCCAUAUAUAUAUACAUAUGGAAACAAACGUCCUAUUCCGUUUACCUGUCAAGUGGCUCCGUUUGUUUGCAUUUAGCCUUGGAAUCUUAAGUCUUGCCGUACAUUCUGCCGAUGGUGUGUAGCUUCGCAAAGGGCCAGGGUUGGGCAGAAUUUGGGUAAGACGCAAGCUAAUUAUAGGGACUUGUGGGGAGAAGGAAGAUGUAGGCUAAGCUGGUUGUCCUUCUGUUCUCAUCAAAAAGCGGAUGACAAGGCCCACGUGCUGCAGGGAUUGACAAAGGUGUGCAUCAAAUGGGCAAGCAUACAAGUGUUGAGUACACACCAGACUGCAUCAUCUUCCUCACCCUGGCACUAGUUUUUGUGCUUCUGAACUCUCAAUAAGUAGCAACAGCACAUUUAUCACGUCCGCAAAGAAAAGGAGGGAAAACUGUGUCCUGUUUCCAUGGUGACGCUGUGUAAAGUAGAUGGCGCAAAUCAUUGUGCUAUCACCUCAUGACUGAGAAGCGAAACAGUUGUAGCUAAAUAUAUUGCUAUAUAGUUGGUAUGUUCAGCAAAUGACAUGGUUUACUGACUUUUUAAAAUUAUAUAACUGACUGACAAGCACCGGUGCAAGCGUUCUAGUUUAUACUCGGUAACCAGAUACAUCUUGGCAAGCUCUGCCGUCGUUUUCAUAAAUUUUUUUUUCAUGAACCGUGCUCUCUCUUUCUCUCUCUCUGUAUGGCAAGAUUAACAUGGACGUAGCUCUAGAUGCCCACUGCUUGUACGAAACGAGCGCUGACGAGACGGUGCCACCAUAACGACAGGUGUCUGCAAACACUGCUCUGUUAGGCAGCAAAAUUUAAGGCGACUUUCACCAUUUCCGUCUGGCUUGAGCCGUAGCGCAACAUUUGCCGUACUGUGAUACAGAUUCUUCAUCUCGGUUUCGCUGAGUUUCUCCUGUCCCGUCGCACUAGAGCUGUAGAGAGCAGCUUGUGGGUAGGACAGAAGAUGCAUCUCUCCACAACAGGCAUAAACGUCAGAGUGUGCAAUAUUGAUAAUGUGCAGCAGAAGGUGUUCAUGGCCAUUUUUAGACUGUUCGUGUCGCAGAAAUGUUGUGUGGGCAUGAUGGGUGGGAUAAACGGCGCAGGAAGGAAGAGCUGCAGUGUCUCAAAUGAAUGCCUUGUGACUGAGGCAAAGGAAGGCAGAGCCGUUUUACAGCUUCUCCCAUUGUACAUGAAUGUGUGUGCAUAUGUUUGCGUGUGGACUUCAUUUUUUUUUUUUUUUUCUAGUAGGAACUCUCUUUUUAUGCAUAGCUAAGCCCAGUCUCUCUUCCGAUGACCCCCGCGGCACCGACGCUUUCUUCUCCACUUUUCCUGCCAAACGUCUGUUCAGCUGUUUGUCAUGUCACGACGUAAUUUUUUUAAGCACACACACACACGUGCACAUGCACACACAUGCAACCGUAAUAAACCCGGAAGUGUUUGUAUAUACAUAUAUGUAUAUCUGUGUAUAUGUACUAGCACAUACCCAUAUGGAAUGCAGAAAUAGCAUAUUCAUUCAAAUACUGGGUGGCAGACUUUUUAAAGUGAAAGUGGAAAAUGUUCAGGUUAGGUAGUGCACGUACUGUAUCAUGGUGGGAGCUAUGGUGGUGACGAGAGUGUAUGCCCCCUGAAAAUCAGUGCCAACUAGGAAGUGGAACAACCUUCACGUUUUCAAGAAUCGGGUGUGCAGGAACUAAAAAGGAACCCUGUAUUUGAAUAAAUACGACAAAACCGGACAGCGGGCCUUCAGUAGAUCUGGCUUUACCUGUGUAACUUUACACUUUGCAUCCAGUUUUCUAACAGUUGCCUAGUAUUUGAUGGAACACUUUCAAAGUCCCCCGAGAUUUGACACGGGGGUCACUGACACGUUGUGGAAUUCUUAAUGAAUCAACGAGCACACCUCUGCUGCAAAAACAUCGCAACAUGCACUGUGGCGCAAGACUGGGAGAAUUUAGCCAUGACUGGCUCGAUUGACAUUUUAUCUCUCAUGUUUGACCCAGGCUGGCCUUCAGCCAUGCGGGUCUAUGUACAUAAACAAGUGCGCUAUUGUAGAUCCUUCUCCGAGACAAAAAGCUUCCUCAGGAACCCAUACGCAUUGGUGUCACCUUUCAGAAUGUUUAUGAGUAGCCAGCAUGGAGUCAGGACCAAAUUGUGUUGCUUGGUAUGCCACAUUCUCUUGCACUCUUCUUUUUUUUUUUCUUGAAGGCUGAGCUGUUGGAAAGCAAAUUUUUGGAAUGGGACGCUCCUCCCCCCGAGGUUUUAUGGUUGUAAGAAGUGCUGUUGUGAACAUUUUUGUGUGAACUUUUUUUUCAGACUUUUCACUGUGCUUUUACUAAUAAAUGCUGUAUCUUACAAACCCUGUACCUUGUUGAGGAACGCUUUAGUGGCAGUGCAGUGUCGAAAUAAAAUAAAGUGCAAAGGUCUUAGAGAGGUAGCUUGCAGAACUUAGUGCUGAACAAAGUUGUCCUUUUGUGAUGUGCAUUGUCAUUUUUCACUCUGUGGUAGCCUGUGCAUGGACUGACUGGUUCUGCUUUUGAUGCAAAUCGCCUCCACACAUUCUCCUGUUGUCCCCGGCCUCACACAAUUAACUGGCACGACAACCAGAAUUCUCAUACACUCCCUGUUACACACGAUGUAAUCUCGAUAAUCUCGCACACAAAAAAAAAGUAUCUCCAUUAUCCGAUUCAAACUUUCAAAUCUAUAACUAAAAUUACGCUAGGUGUACGAUAACCUGCAGAAUUCAGUGAGUAUUUCGCAUAGGUCUGGGGGAGCGAUUGUGUGCGCUGUACUUCAGGUAACAUGUACAUAAGCGAGUCUACAACUGUGCUUCUUGGGCUUUCUGAAAUCUCAUCAUUUUUGGGGCAUGGUACUGCACGCUGGAGCUGUCGGUGACGGCUUAAAUUCUGCUCGUAAUGUCCGAUUGAGCUUGGAGCACCUCGAGGGAGUGAGAAAAUCUCGAGGGCAAAAAAAAAGACGUGUACAGCCGGACAGCUACGAGGUAGGGUUACCCACCUUUUUACGGACGUUAACGCCUUGCACUAUUGUAGCAACAAAGAGCAGGACGAAUUGAGCUUAGUGUCUGAGAAGGGAAACGGUUGAACAUCACACAGCAAGCUUUUGUUUGUAUAACACACAUUCAUGGCCUUACUUUAUGCUCUCUCUCGCAUGCUGUGUUACAGUGCACGUUACCACCAGCCAAAGUGAAAAUGUUUGCACACACCCCUCCCACACACACACAUUUACCUUGCUCAUUUUUACUUGUUUCCACAUAGUCAUGUAUAUUCACACACACACACACACACACACAGCCAUGUAUGUGUGCGUCAGAGGUACAUCAAGCUACGAGAGCGUAUAAUUGUGCGUUGCGCAGAGCGUGUGUAUAAGUGUAUUUAUUUUGUGGCAUUCGAGAUGGUUCGAUUUUUCUUCUCCUUCUGUGUGUGUCCCCUCUUCGGUGCAGGGCAUCUGUCCUGCAGAGGCACUGUUUACUUUUGUUUAUGUAUAUCUUGCUUCUUUGCUCUCCCUCCCCCCCAGAAGGAACUGCUCUGGAACCAUAGCAUUUUUUCUCUUGUGACGAUAUUUAUUGGAGUUUUCCUCCAUUUCACACUCAUCUGUCCCCUUUUUGAUGUAGAGAGAAGCGGCCUUGGUAGUGUUACAGCUAGCAGCCUUUCUACAAAGUACAGUUUUUGAGGCAUCCAGCCGACACGUGCGUGCGUGUGUGUGUAUGCAUGGGAGCACUCUCUUGUGUGAUGCAAACUUAGUCGGCGGUUCCAUCGAUUUGCCAAGCUGGAAUGAAAUGCAGCUUGGAAGGACAUGCGUGUGCCAUGAGUCGGUGUUUUUUUUGGCCACACUUGGAAUCCUCUCUGCUCUUUUUUUUUUUUUUUCACCCCCUCUCCUUUAUGAUCCUUGUUCUAUGAAUGCGGUGGUUCCCCCCCUUUUCUGCUGGAGGAAGUAUGAAAAAAAAAAUAGUGUAACCCUUGAUUUGUGGCUGUUGUAAUGCCUUGCAUUAGUACUAGGUAUUGUUAGCACAGUCUACUGCAGUCGUGUAGUUAGCCAGCACUGGGAAAUAAUAAAUUGUAUGUACACCUUCAGUUUAUUGCUUCGCUUAUGUGCUUGCAAGACUGCAGUUGAGUGUCUCUUGGAAAUAAAGUCUUGAUAUGGGAUGAUGA